CUUCUUGUUCAGACUCCGUUUUCAUUGGUUCUUCUGAUCACUGCUUCUGCUUCUGCUUCUGCUUCCUACAAUCCACCUUUUUGUAAGUCUUCAUGUUUUACUCUCAUGCCUAUAGCAUCACCAUUAAACCGUUCGGCGCGUAACUGUAUAGCUAUAUAUAAAACACAUGCGUAGACUUGUUGAACUUCUACCGAUCUGUGCGAAAAACAGAUUCAUGCCAAUGUACCCAGUGAAUGGAUCACAGGGUAUAUUGGCGACAUCAACUCCGAAGAAUCAAGAGAAGAACGAAAUGGAGCUAGCUACUAAAGAGAUGAUUGACCCAAUUGUCGCCUAUAGUCGACCUCCACGACUUCCUCCUGUUAUAGGACCCUUGGUUGCCCUUUCGUUGUUGGAUACAUGGUGGAACUGGAGCUCCGAUGAUGAUGGAAAGUGAUGUGAGAUAUCAUACCCUCUACUUAAAUAUAGUUUUAGAAAUAAACAUAGCAACACUGAAUGCAUAGCUAAGCAAUCGUAUCAUGAAGCUCCAUAGUUUGAUGUAGCCAUCUAGUAGUGGACUAAGAAAAGGCUCUACAAAUAUUUUGUAAAUUUUCAACAUCCAUAUUAGUAUUGCAUGAGGUCUUCUUAAAAACCCUGCAGGAACAUGCAUGAUUGUACAUUUGUUAAUGGGCACCAAUUUUGGCUUGAUUUUAAAGUAAAUGAAAAAUACUAUA